AUGGAGCCCAGAGAUGUGACCUGGUUUCAUUGUCGGGAAGGCUGUGAAGGCUACAUUUUGGCCCUGCACUGCCGCGAUGAAUCCAUCCACGACUUCCAGCAGGCAAAGCAGAGCUGCAUUUCCAUCCUCAAGGUGGCGAAGGCGAAUGACUGCGCCCUGCCGGAGGUCAAGGCGAUCAAGAAAGCUGCAGGGCUGGACCUGGAGAACUGCUAUGGAGUGCAAGCGCGGGGAUUCAAAGCAGCCGGCUUCGGCAGCAAGAAGAUCCGCUACACCCGCGCGGCCUUUCUCGCCCUAGCCGUCACUGCGGCCUUGCGAGCCGGGGAGAACUCGGUGAAGUCAGGAGGCUGCUUGCACAAGAUCGCGCAGAUGGUCAUCAGCUCUGCUGAGCACUGCUACAGCUUGCAGGGCGUCUUCAGGAUGGAGUGGAACUUGAUUCGCCGGUUCCGGGAGCUCUCCAGCAUGCAGGCAUGGCUGAAGCCUCGAACAAAGAAGGUGCAGGUGAAGCGCAUGCCCCGGCCGGCUUCGGCGCCUUCGGUACCGUUCUAUCGGCUCAGCGAGAACGUGAAAGCCAAGACAAUGCCGCGGCCGACAGCGGCCAAGGCGAAGGUGCAGGAUUGGCGACGUCAGAAGUGCAAGGAGGAAGAAGGACCCUUCGGGGCGCAGGCCAAAGCCUUGCCUGCGCCAAAGGGCAAGAAGGCCUGCCCUUCAGAGAAAAGGCCUCGCCCAGAGGAGCGUGUGGAGGAGGCCAUGAAGGCAUGGGAGCAGGCGAACGCGAGGGUCGAGGCCUUGCGCGCCCAAGCAGCGGAGCGGCAGGACUGCCCAGUCCUCCAGGCUGCGCUGGCGAUGUCUCUGAAGGACCAAAGCGCGGCCUACGACCACUUUCAGAGGCAGCUCAGCAAGAGCACGGAGCCGCCGGUCAAGAAGGUGAAGGAAGAGCUGGAUGACGGCGAGGACUCGAGGAGCGAAGCAGCUUCAGACUGCCCGUCACUGAAGCUCAAGAGGAGGGUGCGGCUUGGCGGCGUUGCCAUCAGCGGCUCCAGCCGUCGCGGGAGCUUCCUGUGGAAGAUCGUUCAGGCGGCGAGGAGGAGGCUCAAGAAAUCAAUCAAGGAGGAGGGCAACUCGGACGACGAGCCUGACAAUGGAAGGUCCGAGAGCUACGUUCGCAAGCCCCGGCAAGUCUUCAUCUUGCGGCGAGCCCAGCAGGACGUGAAGGAGUGGGACCCUGGCGCAGCUUACGCAGACGUUGACCAAGUCUUGGAAAGCUGGGUGCACCUCCUCGAGCUUCGCGACGCGCGGACUCUGCUCUGGGCGCACGAGCGGAUCUCUUCGUGCUUUAGGCAUGGAGAGCACCAAGGACGACCCGUCGCAAGCCUCGUAGCGGACCUGCGCAACGGCCUGGACUCGAUGGACAUCAUGCCGUUGGUAGGUGUGGAGGACGAGCGAGGAACGUGGGUGAUCUCCGGCAACCGGAGGCUCCAUGCGUUGAGAACCUGGGCUCUCGAGUGCGAAGGGGAGGUGCUGGUGCGGAUUCUCGUGCACAAGCACGGGAAGGACAUUCCGCAGUCUCUCUUCGCGAAGUACGUGGAGGCCUCGACGAGCAGAACGGGAGGCUGGCCAGAAGUGGGCGGCGCAUGCGGCUGGCAGCGCUCCACGGCAUCGGCCAAGGCAUCUCCAGCCGCGGUGCAAGAUCAAGGCCCAGCGUUGCCAGCAACCUUUCCCCAGCUGCAAGGAAGGUGGGAGGGCAACGACGCCACGUAUGUGGUUUUCCCUUUUGGCUGCGAAUGGCGAUGUCUUCGAUCGAAGGCAGGCACAGUCAAAUGCUUUAGCUUGAGCUACCGCGCUGGCGAUGUCACGUGGGGCUUCGGGCGCUUCAAGGCCAGGCUCCUGGACUCGAAGCUGCUCUGGCUGGAUGAAAUUGGACAAAUUGCAUUUGAAUGGCACCGAUAA